UACAUUUGCACGAAUACAUGAGUUAUAUUUUAAAAAUAGGUUGUAAUAGUUGACAGAUCAAAAAAAAAAUUAUUCAUUAUAAAUUCUAAAAUGAUUGUGUUUAGAAAGAUAUUUAUUUUUUACAUAUAUAUAAAUUUUAAAAACAUAUAUUACCAUUUACAUAAGAUAAAUAUUUUUUUUUGUAAACCAAAAAUAAAUACCUGCUCAGGUGCGCGGGUUCUAGUUGUUUCAUUAAUUUUUCAUUUUUAGGUUUAUUCUAUUUUAAAAUACAGAGAUUUCAGUUAACUGAUUUUUUUUUAAUAGAUUGAAUGAUUGAUAAUUUGGAGAUAACAUUUCAAAAAUAAAUAAACAUUUUGGCUAUUAUUUUAAAAUUUUGAAUAUAACUUUUGUUUUUUUUUUUUUUUUUUUUUUUUUUUUUCAAAUAACUUUUGUUAAUACAUGAAACAAAUAACUUGACAUGGAUUUUAAUUGAGUGACAAAUAAUUUUCUUCGUAAUUAUAUGUAUAUUAUAUGAUCUUAAAUUAUGUGUAACAUCAAUAUAAAUAUUUUAAAUAAAAUAAUAUAUGUAAACAAGAAAUAUAAGGGCAAGUAUACAUAUGUUCGAUUAUUUUCAGAUAUCCAUUCGGGUUUGGAUAUUACCCGUUCGAGUUCGGAUAUCCAGUUUCUCCUAAAUUAAUACACAUUCAGGCAUUUUGCUAUAUCGGUUUGGAUUUCGAUUCGGGUUUUUCGGAUCGGCUUCGGAUACGGGUUCAAGUAUCGGGUAAAAUACCCACCCCUGCUAUAUAUCAUAAACAAAGGAACAUAAUUUAGUUAAACUAAUAGUAUUUCUAAAUUUGGGAGUAGUAUUAUAUUUACAUGUUCAUAUUUUCAAGGCUAAUUUUUUUAAAAUUUUGGUAAAUAAAUAUUAUUUAAUUUCAAGUUAUACUAAAAAUCUGUUUUAACAUGUUGUACAUAUAAAAGUCAUUUAUUUUAACAAAUCAUAAAAUAUUAUAAUUAAAAAACAUAAAAAUUACAAAGUGUAAAGUCUGACCUAAAAUAAAUACCAUGAGUAAGCCGAAAUUACAAAUUCAUCGGCAAAUUUAAACCACCUGCGAAAAGGAAAGACUAAGAAAGUAGAGAUGACAUCUCGGCGUUCCGUCGAUGGCUGCAACAAAAAUAAAUCCAAUGGAAGAUAAAUAGCAACAUUUUUUUUAUGUUUUUGGGAGACAUAAAAAAAGGAGAAUUGUGAAACGGAUCACGAAGAGCAGGUGGUAGCAAAUAUUAUGCCAUCUCCAACAUCAGAGGCUGUAGAGGAUGAAGAGUUGAUUUUGAGUUCAACAAUGGAGAAAGAUGCUGCAACUAUGAAGUAUAUCGAAAACCAUUACAACAAACGCAUGGCAUGAGACACAUAAAGGCUAAGGCUCCGGCCAUAGAGGCCAAACACUUGGUAUGAUUUUGAUUGAAUUCACUCACCUUUUUAUGUGUUUUGUGUUUUGAUGAUGAGUCAAUAUAACAAUGUGUCAAGGUUGCUGAGAAAGAACAUGUUAACCCUUCAAACUAUUUCGAUUUCUAUGGGAAGGUUCUUAUAGGUAUUGUAACUAAGGAAUAUAUUGUUUUGUAUGCUAAAUGAUUCAAUAAAGUCUCUCUAUAAAUUGUUUGGUGUUUUUAUUACUUUUAAUACUAACUCAGUUUUUCUUUUAUGUACUCCCAGAAUCAAAGUGCAUGGUCAAUAUUUUCAAUGUUGUAAACAGAGCUUAACAUGCUCAAAAGGGUUUGAAUGCUCCAAGGUUAAAAGACUCUCCAAAAUUAAAAGACUAAACGUAUAAUCUUUAGAUAUUGAUCUUUAGCAUGAAUCUUUCCGUAACUAUAACACUUCAACUAAUACGACUUUAUAUAUCUAAAUUGUCCUACAACGCACUGUGUCACAUAUACAGAUUAUUUCAGAUCUUUAACCUCAACUAAAUAGUCAUCGAUCAUAAGAACAAAGACUAUAUCCCGCGCGAAGCGCGGACCGACCCUAGUUUUCAUAUAAGUUAUACUUUUCUAAACUCCACACCCUUUUAUAACAACUAAUGCUAUACCAUCCUAUUGUUCAUGUUUUAAGCAACAAUAUAAUAAGUAGCACUAAAAACAGGAGGUAUCUUUAGUUAACAAUCAAACCUCAGUUCCAUUCCUAAGAUCUCAACAUUUAAUAAUUACUACAAAUAAACUUACAUGUUUUUGAUAAGAUUAAGCUCUGUUCUGAAAUGAUUUUGCUUGGUAUCCUUUAUACAGAUUACCAUUAUAUUUUUAUAAAUUUCAUCUCAGAACAAUACAAUCUUUAUAUAUAUAAAUCACAUUACUAAUUUUUGAUGCAAGGAUAUAUUUAGCAUAUGAUAGAACAUGAGGGGAUGUAAGAAGGGAUUAGGGGGUCAACUGACCCCACCUCAUUUUGAAAAAUAUAGAGAAAUUUCAUCCUGUAUACAAAACUUUAUUUCUGACCCCAUGAAAAUAUUAUCUCUGACCCCGUAAAAAUUCAAACACACUUAAAACAAAAAGAUAAAACUUAAUUACAUAACUAAAUGAUCAAAUGGGUUUACGAAAAAAAAUUCCAACUAACUAAAUUUUGAGUUCAUAAUAAGUUUAAGACCAAUUUAAAUAUAAUAAUAAUCACUAACUAUUGUUGGUUAAUUAAAAAUUAAUUAGUUUAUUUUUAUUUUAGAAAACAUAAAGUUCAGAAUAUGACUUUAAAAAUCUGUCUUUGUCUCUUAUAUUUUGAGUUAAUUUUUUGUAUUCUUUUAAAUCUUAUAUAUUUUAUACUUAUAUUUGAUGAAAUUGACAAUUAGAAUUAAAUUCCUAAAUUUUAUGAUUUUUUUAAUUAUAAAAGUUAAAUAUUGUUAACUACAAUUUUUAAAAUUUCUUAAAAUAAAUCAUUUUAAUUUAUCAAAUAGAUUCAUUUUUGAAAUUUCUUAUCUAUAAAUAAAUAUUAUAAUAUAAUUAUAAUAUUAAAGAUGAGAUAAAACAGAAUUUCUUAUUAAAAUUUUUUAGCUUUGUAAUUUUGAAUGUGAACUUAUAGAGAAUACAUAAUUUUAUUAUGCAAAAUAAAUUUGUAAGUUUUUUAGGUAAUUUAUACAUUUUUUAUAUUUUCUUUUUUUUUCGGUAAAAAAAAGUUCUGGCUCUGUCACUGAUAGAUUAAUACUUGAUGCUAUGAUUACAUCAUAAUUAAAGGAAGUUGUCCAAAAUGACUCAAAACUUGAUUUUAUAUGUAAAAGUGUACCCCAAAUUCAAUCAAAUACAAAAGUAACCCAAAAGGAUAGUGAAAUUACAACAAUCUCCAUAUGACCAAACAAAAAAAACAUGUAUUAAGUUAUCAUUAUAACCCUUCGCGUGAGAAGACUUCUUUUGAAGUCUUCUUAGAGAAUACUUCUUUAUAAGUCUUCUCAUUCAGUAGAUCUUUAAAAUAAUUUAAAUUUUUUAUAAAAAAAACAUUUUGAUCGGAAAAAUUGAAAUCAUUUAAUAAUAAAUAUUUCUAAACCAUGUAAAUUUAGUUUUACUAAAAUUGAAUUAUUUUCAACAUAGAUGAGUGAAAGUCAAUUAACUCAUGAUAGUUCUUGGUUUAUGGUUUGGUAACAUAUGUUAUAAUAUUGUUAGUAUAUUUAUGGUUAGAUUUUGAAAUCUUAUCUUUUUUUAAAAAUUAACCUAUAUGUGUUUAGUGACUAUCUAAUAACUUGAUUUAAACACUUUCUAAGUAUCUUAAAAGUUUAAGGAAGUAUUUUUUUGUUUAGCUAUUCGAUUUAGGCGGAAAACCUAAAUUCUUCUUAAAUUUAGGCGGAAAACCUAAAUUCUUCUUAAAUUUAGGCGGAAACCAUAAAUUCUACUAAAAUUCAGGCGGGAUAUAUUAGAAGUCUUCUCAUGUAUUAGAUCUUAAAAGUAAUUAAUAAAGUUUAUAAAAGAUUAUGAAAGAGAAAAAAAUCAAAAUCAUGUAUUAAAAACAUUUCUAAAUGAUGGAAAUUUAGUUUUACUAAAAUUGAAUUAGGUUUAAACAUAUAAGUGAAUGUAGGUAGAUUGAGUCAUGAUAGCCUUCGGUUUAGGGUUUGGCAAAAUAUUUUAUACUAUUGUUGGUAUUUUUAGGGUUAUAUUUUGAAAUCUUAUAUUUUUAUUUUUUAUUUUAGUUUGACAUAUAUGUGUUUAUUGACUAUCUAAUUACUUGAUCUAAAAACUUUAUAAGUUUCUUUUAAGUUUAAGGAAGUGUUUUUGAUUAGUUAUUUGAUUAUAGGGUCUUGAAGACUCCGAGAAAACUUUGGUUUAGAGUUUAGUAACAUAUGUUAUAGUAUUGUUUGUAUUUAGGGUUAGAUUUUAGAAUCUUAAAUUUUAAAUAAAAAAAUUAACAUACAUGUGUUUAGUUUUGUGUAUAUUAAACGUUUUAUAAGUUGAUUUUAAGUUUAACGAAUUAUUUUUUCCUAUUUAGUUAGUUAUAUGAUUUUGGUGUCUUUUAGAGCCUUUUGAGUGCAUAGCUGAACAGAUGCGUCAGAUUUUUAGCUAUGAAUGGAGACCUUAACACCAUUAGAUUGAGCCUAUAUUUUACCAGACGGUAGAGCUUUGAGUUAUAUUUCCAAUGCCGCCGGUGUGAGGUCAAUCAGCAUCCUGUAGCAGAAGUUAUGCCCGUUUUACUGAAGAGUGAUCAGUCUUCCUCGCGAGAGGAAACUGUUGAGGAGAUGAAGGACUGUCGAUCGACGGUGCAUACUUGGUGUUGAUUGACAGUGAUUCCAGAAUACGGGCCCGCAUAGUUUAUGACCGACUUAAGCCUAGAAGACACCAUAAAUUACCAAGAUGCCCCUGGACGACUUGAAAUCCUAUUUAUGUUAUUUAUAAGCCAUUGUUGACGGCUAUGCUAUCUAUGCUCUCUUAAGCUUUCUAUUCAUUGCUUCUCUUAGUUAGGAGAAAAGGAAGGAACUCUUUCAGAGUCCUCCUGGAACUCCAUUGGUUUUUGUUUUUAUAUCUAUUGUAAUUUUAUAUUUAUUCUUUCUAUGAUUUAUGUGACAAACUUCAUGCUUGAAUAGAUCCACCUGUUUUCAGAUAGGUUAUGAGGGAUUAGCUCCAACUAUAGAUUUCUAGUUGUGAUAUUCAUCAUUAAAAUUGUCAUUAAUGCGUGUUUCUAGUUUAGCUAGCUAUAACUUGAGCUUGGAGUUGUAGACUCAAGUCAUCACUUGUAUCUCACCCUGAAUCCAUCCUAAUUGAGCUAAGAUUGCUAGAGUAAGGCGAGAGCUGAUCUAGGAAGUCUAGUGAGCACAAUUCCACCCGUGUGUAAAGCUUGACUAAACACGUCGAUCAAUAUUCCAAUCGAAUAAUCGAUCGACGGUUCAACAAGUGUAUCGAUCGACACUUAUAUCUGGCCAAUAGACAAACCUAGAAAGAGAGAGCCGAUCGGUUUGUUUAUAAGUGUUGAGCUCUAGCAACCAUCCUUCCACCAAACAACUCUCAGUCCCAUAAGAACAACUACCUUGUUCGCCCUGCAAUUUAUUAUAUUUACUACGUUAAUACCUAUUAGUCUAGCUUAAUCAUAUAACUAUUAGAUCUUUUGUGUGUCCUAGCUCUCUAUGGAUUCGAUUCCUAAGUACUACAACUCGGCCUCUUAUUUGAGAGAGUAUAAAUCACUCCUUAGAGUAAUUUGAGUGAUAUCAAUUAUUGAAGUUAUUGGUACAACAUACCAAGAAGUUUUUUUAACCAUUCUAUUUAUUCAUAACAAAACACAACAACACAAAAACAUAGUUAAAUUUACUAAAACUAUGAGAGAGGACUUCACAAGAAAACUUAGUCAAAUUCACAAAAUAUCAAACUUUAAUUUUAAGUGAAAGUUAAAAUUUUAAAUCUCAUGUAAGUUAAAAAAUUAUACUUUAUGAUCUAAAAAGAGUAAAGACACAUUAAAGCACAUGACUUAAUAUUCUUGAAGUUACUUAACACUUUUGAAAGUUAAAAACAUAUUUUGAAAUUACUUAACACUCUUGAAAAUCUAACGUAGAAGACUUCUCUUUUAGAAAAAACUUCUUAAGAAGCCUUCUCGGAUUAGCUAGAAACAUACAUAUUUGAAAUCUCAUAAUUAUCACCAAAUAAGUUAUGAAUUUCAUCCAGGAUCUCUAAUAUUGACUAAUACACAUGAAUUAAUAAUAAAAUAUUAAAAAGUCAUUUUAAUUGUAGAGAAAAUGAAAGUUUAUCAAACGUUGACGUAGAAGACUUUCUAAGAAGUCAAGUCUUCUCCGAGAAGACUUCUUAAGCAGUCUUAUGUUUAGGUAAUUUUUGCAAUUGCAAAUUUACGAAGGAAGACUUCUUAAGAAGUCUACUCUACAGAAGACAUCUUGAAAAGUCUUCUUUUGUUAAUAUUAGCUUAAUUUUAAAUUUAAAAAAUUCUCGAAAAUGCCAUAGAAGACUUCUUGAGAAGUCUUUUUGGAUAAAAAAGUUAGUUUGCAAUUAACCAAAGUUUGUCAGAAACUUGACUUUUUCUAGAAGACUUCUCGGAAAGUCUUCUCGGGAAGAAUUCUAUAGAAGUCUUCUGAAAGUCUUCUCAUGAAGACUUCCUUCUGAAAGUCUUCUCAAUGUUGUAAGAAGUUUACCUGAGAUACUUUUGCAAUUGACUAAUAUUUGACUUUUCCAGAGAUGACUUCUCUAGAAGUUUUCUUUCGUAACCAAAGUUUUAUCCAAACCCCGGAAUAAAAAUUGAGAAGACUUCUUUAACUUCUAAAGAAGUCUUCUUCGAGAAGAAUUCUCAAGAAAUCUUUUCAUUAAUAUUAAAUGUUUCACUAUUAUUUUUCAAUUGCAAAAGUAACCCACGCAGACUUCUUGUGACAGUAAGAAGACUUCGGGAAAACUUCCAGAAGACUUCUAUAUAAGUUUUUUCCGAGAAGACUUCUCGGGAAGUCUUCUAUAAAAUGUCAAAUUUUGGACAAACUUCGGUCAAUUGCAAAAUUAAUAUAUUUAUCUGAGAAGAAUUCUCGAGAAGUCUUCUCUGGAAUUUUUGGGUUUUUUUUUAAUAAAUGAAAGUUAGAAGACUUGUAGGAAAGUAUUUUUGAUGGAAAACAUAUCUAGCGAAGUCUUGUGAAAGUCUUCUUGAAGUCUUCUGAAAGUCUUCGCAAAACAGAUCUGGGAAAAAAUUGAUUUCAUACCUUGAGCCUGUAAGAUUACUUGCUUAGAUUCUCCAAGCACCCAUAACUUCACUACCAAAGCUACUAAGUCGUUGAUUACCACGGAUCAUGAGCUUCAAUGUCUCUAUGAACCUUACAAAGCUUGGAAUCAAAAUCUUGUUGUUUUUGGAUGAGUUUGAAGAGAGAGUGAAAGAGAGGUUAUUUGUGUGCAUAAAUAAUGAGAUAUGAAUAGCAAUAAUCGAAACUUUGGUGCAUUAAAAGCUUCAAAUUGAUUUUUCAUGGUAGUUAGUGUAUUGAUCACGAUGGUAAUAUUGUAAAUACUUGGUGAAGAUGAGGAUGAUAAGAUUUUUUUUUUUUUUUUGUCAUCAACUUUACAGACUCAUGUUGACUCUGUAAACCAAACUGGGAGAUUUUGAUCCAUGUGAACUACAAAAGACGUUUUCUUCCUAGCACUGCGGGCUAAGCUAUCUGCCUUCUUGUUCUGCGUUCUUGGUACAUAGAUAAUCUAUGCUCGGAAAAAAUUCUCUUUCAGGCUGUUUAUAUCUUCCAAAUAACUUGCAAAUGCUGGCCAUUCUUCUGCUUCUGAAACCAUCUUCACCAAUUGAGAACAAUCUGUUGCAAACGUAACCUGAAAUUGUCGUAAGUUUUUCAUACAUUCCAUUGCCCAUAAUAAAGCUUCCAUCUCCGCAUGAAGAGGAGUAAGGGAAGCCCGAACAUUUCUUGCACCCAUCAAACCCGCAAAUCCUUCUAGAGUACUGUACCAUCUUUGACCUAAAAAAACCUCAUUCUCUUUCCAGGAACCAUCCGUAAAACACCAUCUUCCUGAAAUUGACGGAAGAAUCGUAGCCUCUACCUGUGGACUCCUCUUGUGAUCAGUCAGUAUUUGUGCCUCAGCCCAGAGUUUUAAUUCCGUUUUUGCCAGUUUAAGGGUAUCCAACGGAUCCACAUCCAAAUUACUAAAGACUUUAUUAUUUCUUCCUUUCCAUAUAUACCAUAGUAUCCAUGCAAACUGAUGAUCCUCCAUCUGUGGAACAAUUCUCCAAAAGAGAUGAUCCAUAUUCACAAAGAGAGAACUUAUUGGAAACAUAGCUGGAUUUGUUGGAAUCUUUGAAAGAGCCCAUGUCUGAAGUGCAGGAGGACAUUCAAAGAAUACAUGGUUGAUCGAUUCCUCCUCAGCUCCACAUCUUGCACAAACGAUAUCUCCGGGCAUCCCUCGCUUAUGCAGAUUCUUCUUGACUGAUAUACACCCUGUCACCAAUUGCCAUAGAAAAUGCUUAAUCUUUGGUGGGCACCGUAUUUUCCAACAAUAUGCCUUCAACAUAUCCACUGUGGGUCCAAACACUAAUGCUGGUUUUUCCCUAUCUGGGUAUAUCCUUUCAACCUGAUAUCUAGAUUUAACCGUGUAUUUUCCAUUAUUUGUGAAAUGACAUCCAUCUUUGUCUGCCGUCCGAGUUCUACUCAAUGGUAUACUUUCUAUUAAUUUCACAUCAUGUGGGUCUACCAAAGCCCGAAGCACCGGCGAAUUCCAUCUUCGCAAAUGAGGAUCAAUAAGAGAAUCCACUGUAAGGUCUGGGUAAAGAUUAUGUUGAUUUUUAUUUGCUGGUCUCGGGCGAGUGGUUGGGAGCCAAGGAUCAUUCCAUACGGAUAUAAAAAAUCAUGUUCCCACCCUUUUGAUAGUCCUCAUACGGAUAUGAGAAUGAUAAGAUAAAAGAAUCAUUUUCAAAAAAAGAAAAGAAAAAGAAAUGUAAUGGUUUUUUUUGUGAAUAACUCAAACUUCUAAAGUGAAUAAGAAAAAAAAUAUUUCAAAAAAAAGGUGUUUGACUUAAAAUUUUAGGUCACAUUUGAAAAAACCCCUCUUAAUUAUAAGGUUCAUUUUCUAAAAGUAAAGUGCGGUUUCUAAAAGCCCUUAUUUCGAAUGUUUACAACCGCCCCGUCCCGCACCGCAGUUAACAAUAAUAAAAAUCUCUACAUAUACUAUAUAUCUAUACGUUUUUAUAACUGUUAAAACCGCAUCGCAGUUAAACCGCUUGUUCCGCACCGCUCAAACCGCAGUCAUCAUUCGGAGCCUAAGUGAAAAAUUGGAGGUUGAACCGGGCGGCGGACAUAAUGUGCUCGGACAACACACUCCUUUCUUACUGUCUUUUAAUUAUAAACUAAUAAAAAAUUCGCAUUUUGGCAAUAAAUUCACCGUCAAUUCAAGCAAGACUUUCCACAGGUGUGAGAGUUUUCACAGUUUUUAUUGUAUAAUUGAUUGUUUUUAAUAUUGAUCUCUAAAUUUUUUUAAAAUAUAAUAUAUAAGAAUUUAAACCCUAUAAAUUAUAAAAUAGGUAUGAAAAUUUACAGUGAAGUAAAAAUGUUUAUAGCUCUUUUAGUCAGGUUUUUUUGUCCGAAAAUGUUUAUUGCUUAAAUUGAUCGUAUCUUCAAAUUGAAUUUAUAUAUUUUAUGUUACAGUAACUGAUAGGUUAAUAAAAUAGUAUAUAAACUGGUGCGGAGUCAAAAUAGAUCUUUUUAGGCUUUUAGGUCCGGACCUUUGCAAAAGUUGCCGUUUUUUUGUUAUUUUUAUUUUUUUUAAACAGCUUUGUUUCCAUUUUGUCAAAAUCUUGAGGGAAAGUGACAAAAUAAGUAACCAAAUUGGUCAAAUCUGAAGAUAUUCUUCGAAGAAAGAAGAUGAAAAGGUCAAAGUUAUAACCUGAUUUCUUGGGACCUUCUGAGUGAGACAAAAAAGGGACAAGUCAUAUGAUAUAACAAAGGAGACACCUUUGUCUUUCAUUUUGCUGAUCUCACUCUUACGUCUAAGAAGACAACUUUUCUUGUCUAGUCACCAGAAAAUCUUGAAAGGUAUGAAACUUGAUGAAUAUACUACACGGACAAGAGCUUUCGUGUAGGUGUAGUGUGUGAAUGUGAUGAGUUUCGAUGGUUUGAAUAGUACAAACUGUGAUAAUACAAAAUAUGUGUCUAUUCUUGCACUAUCUUAUCUUAUGUCCUGCCUUUGGUGACUUCUUUUUCACUCUAUAACUUCUUGUUUUGGUCCUUUUUUUUCUUCUGUUGCAGAGAGUGAAAAAAUGAAUGGUGAUUUUGAUAUUUCUAAAGGAGAUGAUGAGUUUGAGAGUGAUAGCUUCGAAGCAAUGUCUGGCGAUGAUGAUGAUAAACAUGAACAACGCCCUAAAAAGAAGAAGAAGAUGUCAAAGUACCGUAGACACACUUCUUACCAGAUUCAAGAACUCGAAUCUUUCUUCAAAGUGUGUCCUCAUCCUAAUGAGAAGCAAAGGCUUGAACUUGGAAGCAAACUUUCUUUGGAGAGUAAGCAAAUCAAGUUUUGGUUUCAGAACAGAAGAACACAAAUGAAGACGCAACUAGAGAGGCAUGAGAAUGCGAUUCUCAGACAAGAGAAUGAAAAACUGCGUGUCGAAAACGGUAUCCUCAAAGAAGCAAUGAGAAGUCCUCCUACAUGCAACAACUGUGGUGGAGCAGCUACACCAGGUAACGUCUCACAUGAUCAGCAGCAGCUUAGGAUGGAGAACGCUAAGCUUAAGUACGAGCUCGAUAAGCUUUGCGCUUUAGCAAACAGAUUCAUUGGCGGUUCUAUCUCACUAGAGCAGCCUUCAAAUGGUGGGGUUGGCUCACAGGAUUUGUCUUUAGGACAUGGUUUCACCAGAGGUACUUCGACCUUUAUGGAUAUUGCCGCGGUGGCUAUGGAUGAGUUGAUAAGGCUAGCUGAAGUGGAUAAUCCUUUAUGGACAAAAUGUUCAAAGAGCGAGAGGGAUUCAAUGAAGCACGACCAGUAUACAAGCAUUUUUGCGGGAAGUAAACAUCCAGGUUUUGCAGCUGAAGGUUCAAGAGAAACUGGUUUAGUUCUCAUCAAUAGCUCGACUCUAGUGGAGACUCUAAUGGACACGAACCGAUGGGCAGAGAUGUUUGAGUGUAUUGUAGCUGUUGCAUCAACCGUUGAAGUGAUAUCUAACGGUAGUGGUGGAUCUAGAAACGGCGCUCUUCUGUUGAUGCAAGCAGAGUUUCAAGUUAUGUCUCCAUUGGUUCCAAUCAGACAAUUAAAGUUUCUUAGAUAUUGCAAGCAACAUGGAGAUGGUUUAUGGGCGGUCGUGGAUGUUUCUUAUGAUGUAAACAGAGAAAGUCAGGACUUGAAGUCUUAUGGUGGCUUAAAGAGGCUUCCCUCUGGAUGCAUCAUACAAGACAUAGGCAAUGGUUGCUCCAAGGUGACGUGGAUUGAACAUUCAGAGUAUGAAGGGAGUCAUAUCCAUCCUCUUUACCAACAAUUGCUCGGUUCUUCGGUUGGGUUAGGUGCAACCAAAUGGCUUGCAACUCUGCAGAGACGAUGUGAAAGCUACACAACCCUUUUGUCUUCUCAAGACCAAACAGGUUUGCCACUUGCUGGCACCAAGAGCACACUAACACUUGCACAGCGUAUGAAGCGCAACUUCUAUUCAGGCAUAACUGGAUCGCCCAUCCACAAAUGGGAGAAGCUUGUCGCUGAGAACGUAGGACAGGAGACAAGGAUACUGACCAGGAAGAGCCUUCAGCCGUCUGGUGUUGUAUUAAGCGCUGCAACGUCUAUGUGGCUACCGGUGACUCAGCAGAGACUGUUUGAGUUUCUGUGUGAUAGUAAAUGCAGAAACCAGUGGGAUAUUUUGUGUAAUGGUGCUUCAAUGGAAAACAUGCUUCUCAUCCCACAAAGGCAAAGUGAAGGAAGAUGCGUCUCUCUUCUUCAACAUGCUGGAAAGCAUCAAAAUGAGAGCAGUAUGCUAAUCCUGCAAGAGACAUGGAGUGAUGCUUCCGGUGCGCUUGUGGUUUAUGCACCCGUCGAUGUGCCAUCUACGAACAUGGUAAUGAGCGGUGGAGACUCAGCUAACGUUGCGCUUCUUCCAUCAGGGUUCUCCAUAUCGCCUGAUGGAUCAUCAUCAUGGUCUGAUCAGAUCGAUAAAAAUGGAGGUUUGGUGAACCAUGAAAGCAAAGGAUGUCUCCUGACAGUAGGGUUUCAGAUCUUAGUGAACAGCGUACCGACCACAAAGCUCAACAUGGAAUCUGUUCAAACUGUUAACAACCUCAUCGCUUGCACCAUUCACAAGAUCAAAGCCGCUCUUAGUAUACCUGCUUAGCUAAAUUUCUAGAGACCUAUUCUUGUUUCUCUUUCUGGAACAUUUUGUGAGAGAGUAGAAGACAAUAGAAAUUCAGUAAAACUUUGAGACAAAUAGUAAGUAGAACAAACAAACAAACAAAUGGGCCACAGAGUCUUGCAAAACUGAUUCUUUGUUUUGUUUCUGGCAUUUUCCUCCGAAUACAUGAAAAAAUUCCAUCUCAAGAAACAUACAAGACACCACGUCGAUAGAAAACAAGACUUGCAGAAGCAAAAGCCGACCAAACAAAAAGAACCCACCAAGACAUCAACAAACCAACUUGUCCAACGAA